AUGAUGGAAGCAAAGAGGGCUAUCGUGGCAGUCAUCACGAUAUUCCUGGCAAUCGGCGGCCCGUACGUAUCGAAUAGCGUGUGAAAGCGUCUACGGAUUGCACUGAACAAGCCCGUUUCGUAUAAAGCUCUUCCAGUCAAACCCUUUUGUUUUCGUUUCUCCUCCACUUUGUACUACAGUUCUCCUAUUUCACUCCGAGCUGUGAAAUUUCCCCUUCCCCCUGCAAACGAUUUAUCCGAAAAACUGCCAAAAUCCUGAUUGGACAGCUGCGGUAUUGUCCACAAGACUAUUCUUGUCUAUUGACCAAGCACUUUAUUUCUAAUUAAGAGUAGAAACAACAGCCACCAAACGGCAUCCCACGUGAGAAAAUCAAAUUUAGAAUCUCUCAUCAGGUCCCACGCGCUCAAUCUGGCUUUCACGCGGUUGCUCAAGAACAAUGUCUAUUUUAAUGAUCAUUGUUUAUUUUCACUGUUUUCUUUCAUGUUUACGGCUUAUUGAAGUUAUCCGGAAGUUGAGCGUAUUGAUAAAAGUUCAACAUGGAUAGAAAAAUUCAGAAAAACCCAAGGAUCAGCAGAUUUCAGUUCACUUACAAGGGAGGUCAUUUUACCUUACGGUUUGUAAUUUUCUACAAAUUUCCUCUAACAUUCUUUCAAGAUAUGGAUGAAAAUACCUUGUGAAAAUUUUCAGAAUUGCAAAUUAUAAGUUUUGAGACCAACUUUCCGAACUUGAACAUCAACUAUCUCAAAAACUAAAAGCUGGCAUGGGUUGCAACUUUGAUGGACCUUCAUAUAAUUCUUCAGAGAUCAUUUGAGAAGAAUUUGUAGAAAAUUCCAAACCGUCGAAUAAAAUGAUUUCCCGUGUUAGAUCAAAGUUUAAACCAUUUGAAAUCAAAAAUGACAUACCAUGAAGCUCAAAAUUGAUGAACAAGUUUUGAAUAUAUUUAUCAACUUUUUUUUCAGCUAUUUUUUUAUCUACUAGAUUACAAACUACACUUUUUAUAGAAAAAACUUAGGUUUCUGCGCUAUGAAUUCAUUCACGGGGCGCGAAUCUUCCUGCAAAAGCUCUCAUUUUUACCUCAGUUGCUUCGAAAAAUUGCUCUCUUUGAGCUGAAUUUCAAAUUCAAAAUUCUUCGUCACCUUUCAGUCGCAGACCAAGUAAAAAAGGACUAGAUUGCAAAAUUAUACUUUUUUAUUUUAAUGCAUGUUCUCAUUUUCAGUUUCGAAUGAACUUUUCCAUUUCCGAGGCUUUUACUUCUUUUUGCUUUAAUGAUACUAAUAUUUGGAGAAAGGCUUCUUCUUGGUUUUGAUCCCAUUUUUUUGGCUUGUUGUUGCUUUUUUCACGAUUCGUGUUGCUUUUCGUAAGAAAAGAGCAUUGAAAACACCCUGAGUAAUUUCUCCACCUUGGUUGAAUAUUUUUCACGAACACCGUUGUUAGUAUAGAAGGCGGUCCUUAAAGAGAAGCCCAAUUUUGGAGAUCAUAGAGAUCAUCCCGUAUCAAAGCUUUGUCUAACGGCGUACUCAAAAAAAAUCCGCUUUUUUCUUCAAACAGAAACAAUUUUUUUUUCCUCAUUUUCCGUCGAAAGGUUUUCUCCAUUUUUGUUUUCAGUGAUAGUAACCCUGUCAAACAAAAGCUCCUCUAAUUGAAGCCCUGACAAAUUUCGCUUUUUCUCUUUCAUCAUUUUUUUUUCAUUUGUGUCUGAUAAAACGAGAAACCUUAUCCGCCAUAAAAAUUCUCUGAGCUCAAAAAAGAGAAUAUAAAAAGAAACCAUUUUUUUAAUAAUCACACUCUUCAAUUCAGAAUUUGAACAAAAGCCAAAAUGGAAGGUUUCUUUCGGGCUCCGCCCCCACCUACGUUAAGCGUGAAAAAUAUUUCAGCUACUGCAAGGCCAGAAAAAAAGUUUGCUUUUCGGCAGUUAGCGAAACCCAAUCCUCUGGGGCAAGCUGUUUUUAGUUUUGAAUAUAGGCUCCGUAUGAAAUUGAUCAAUUUGUAUAUUAGUGACCAUUUAGAUGUUUUUUAUAAACAGUGAAAUCGAUUUGUAGUUCAAGGUUACUCGGAAAAAUACGCAUAGAUGUACUAAGCUAAGGUACAUAAUUUUUUUCCAUACUGUUGAAUUCUUCAAAUUUUUCUCGUAUCUAUUAAUUGUGAACGUCACUCGAAAUUUUUAAAAACAGUUAAAUAGGAUCGAAUUUGUUGAAGCUUUCGCCAAGAAGCACAUUUUUAUCAGCGCGUGUUAUCAGCCUGUGGCCUCGAGAACUACCUAUGACGACACUUUUUGCAUAUUUCAUUCUUUCUUGUUUUCUAUCAAAUCUUGAGAUUUUUAGGCUACGUCUUUCAUUAUUUCCGAAGUUCUAUUUGAUUUUUCUUUUCGAUUAUUGUUUUUUGCCCGAAAACAUUUAGUCGAGUUAACAAUGUCAACUCAGAAAAAGAAGUUCUACUGAAAAUGUGAACACGAAACUAUUCCAAGUCUCCAAUUUUUGCACAACCCUAGAAUUAAACGUUCCCUUUUUGAGGGGAAAAAACUUGAGAAAAUACUAGAAGCAAUGCAAAAUUUGGAAAACAAUAUGAUUAUCUCGUUUGCGUAAUAUUGGCUCUGAGAAGAAGCAAAAAAACUGGAGCAAUCUGAAAAAAAUAAAAAUUAUCAUAUUAUUCGGGAUUAAUUUUGGGUAACUUUGAGUACAAUUAUCAUUUUUUUUUUCAUUGUACAUUUUUGCUACUCUUUACAAAUAUCAAAAACAACAAACUUCUAAUGAAAAUAAAUCGAAAAAGGUGCAAGUUUUCUUCAAAGCAACGAAUCUCGUAUUUCAAACGCACUUAUAGGAAGUUCAAAAAAAAAAAAGCUUGUAAAGUUGAAUUCUAUUUUUCUUCACAGGCUCGAGGAUCCAGUUUCAGGGGCGUCCGCCUUUCUCAGCCCAUUUCUUAUUGUUUUAUCUACUUUCAAUUUCGUUUCAUCAUUUUUUUGAAAGCUUCCUGUUUUGGUAUUUCUCUCUCAAACUUCUCAAUUAGAAUUUGAGGAAAAAAACUAAAAAAAUAAAACUUGAUUUUUUUCACCACGAGAUUUUUUUCAAAUCAAAAAAAUUUUUACGGAACAACAAAAACUGAAGAAGUUUUGAUGACUUUCCUUCAAAAACUCAUAAAAAAACGUCAAAAAUACAAAUGAAAUCUUUCAGCGAUCUUACUUAAGUUAUUUUUUUAAAAAGUAAGAUGUGACUUUGUUGGAAACUUCUUUGGCUUUUUCCGCCAAUUUUUUUGAAAUGGGUUGAUAAGCGGAAAUCUUGUCGGCAAAGUUUUAUUCCUGCUUUUGAUGUUUUUGUUCUUUUUUUCUAUUUUUUUCUAUUUUUUUCAUUCAUAUUUUAUGGUUUCCCACUACUCCUUUGGCUGAGGCUGACAAAUCAGAUUUUUUUUUAUUUUCUAACCGCGAAAUUUCAAGUCAAAUUAUUCAAGACUCGAAAAAAUCCCACUAUUUCAAAUUUUCGCUUGACUGAAUAUGAAUUUUUAUUUCAGAAAACGGAUUUUAAACACAGUUGAUAUCUCUGGGUUACAGGAAAUAACGUUGAACUUCAUAUCUCUGAAGCUGAAGUUAAAAAAGGGACUGAGAUAUCGAAAUUUCAAAGUUGAAACAAUAAGUAGUUGACUAAAAUGUCAAGGAAACCUCAAUUUUUUCCUAAAAUUAAAAAAUUGUCAAAUAUUCUACACUUUCAUAUCCACUUGUUACAAACCUGAAAUAGUUCGUUGGAACAACCUCAUCUCGUUUUCUAGCCCCUGCAACCAGACAAAAACGCAAUAUAUUGUCUUGUAGGCGUGGUCCAACGAACUGCGUCGACGCCUCCAGCGACCGCCCCUCGAACCUCAUAACUCGGCGGCUUGCGACCGUACCUGCGAUGCGAGAAUGAAGGUGCAAGUGGACACGAUCCUGGUGAUUAGCGUCUACUCGGCGCUGGCCAUCACCGGCCUCUUCGGCAACGUCUGGGUGUUGAUGACAGUCUGGUCCCAGCUUCUCGGCUGCGGCAACACCCGCGGCAAGCCUUACAAGUCCGUGGUCCAGAACUCAGCCUACAUCUACUUGCUGCUGCUUUCGAUCGUCGAUCUUAUUACUCUGAUAUCAGUGCCCAUCAUUGUAUCAGACAUUUAUGCCAACAGAUUCCCUUUUGGCAUUGCCCUGUGCAAGUUGAUGUUUUUUUGCGAAGGAAUCAACAAGACGUUGAGUCCGAUGGUGCUGACAGCUCUUUCGGUGGACCGAUUCAUCGCCGUCUGCCAUCCGACCCUGCACUGGAUGCGCCAAACUCUAUUUUCUACGCUGGUCAUUGUUGUUUGUUUUCUGUUUUCACUGGUUUUCAUCAUUCCUAUCAUAUCCAACGCCGCCAUCAGCACGAUGUCGGACCAGAACAUGCAUCAAGUCAACAAAUGCGCUCUUGUCAGUCCCUUUCUCUUCGACCUGAUGCACACCGUCGUGUGCUAUCUGAUGCCUCUUACUGCCAUUUGUGGCGUUUACUUGGCGAUCCUGCGGAAACUCUUCAUCCAUACGAGAUUUUCGACUGUGGGACAAAAAACGAGCAUUUCUUUAUCUCGAGUCGUCAAAUGCAGCGUCAUGGUAGUGGCGUUCUACUUCAUCUGCUGGACACCGUAUUGGACGGCUCGAACCUACUAUCUCCUCACACCAGGUAAGCUAAUGCACCUUUAAGUCGAUUUUUCGAAAAGAAUGUUUUUUUAUUGUUUUUCAUUGAAGUUUUUGUUCUUGUCUGUGACUCUGGGAACUCUAUUUUGUAUAGCUCAUUUUAACUUCUAAGCUCCAACCCCGCGCCGGUUUCACGGAAUUUUUGAGUGAACUAUCUUUCUUUCCUUCAAGUGGAAACCAGCUUGAAAAUAAGGAACGUUAAAGUGCGCUUCGAGUGGACAGCUAAUCUUGUGAAAAGCGGCCCGCAUUUGCAAAAAGUUUUCUAGCCAACCCAUUUUAUGGAGGUUUCGCUACCUUCUCCGGAUUUCAACCUUGAAAAUAAUAUAAACAAAUAAAUGAAAACUUUUUCAUUUGCAUGAUCAAAACUCUCGAUCACAGGUUUUUUGAAAGUGUAACAAAUCUCAUAAACUCAGGAAAUUUCGAGCUGAGAAGAAAUUUAUUUUUUUUCAGAUCGUCAUCAGAUCGAAAUCGAGGAGCCGGAACAACCCGGGAUUUUCGACUCCACCAUUUUCAUAACGAUUCGAGGGAUCAAAUUUGAGUUCGACGGACGGAUAUUCAUAAUGUACAUGCUACAUGCCCUUCCCUACUCACAAAGUGCUUUCAACUGGCUUUUCUACGCAUUUCUCAACAGAAACCUUCGAAAUUCCACGUUGCGAUGCACCAACGGCACUCGUUCUGCUGGAACGAGCACCAUAAUGGAGAAUGGGGGAGGGGUCACAGUUUCGACUGGAUUCACACCGAUUUGGAAGAAUAUCCAGCAGAUGGGCACUCAGAUCAAGUCUGCAGGCAUCGACACUGGAAAUGCUCUUCUCAAGAUGUCGCCGUUCCGCGGUCGCUCUCGAAUUCAAUCCAGGCAUGUUUUUUGUUGUUGGACAAUUGACUUUUCUGUACGCAAUCUGUGCUCCAGACAAAAGCAAUUAUUGAUGAAGAAAUCGCGUUAAGUAGCCUUUUUUCUUGUUUGGCUUGUCUAAAGAGCAAAACAAUUAGUCUCUCUGACUUUAGAAAAAAAAAGUUUAGGAGUUCAACUUGUCUGGAGUACUCGAACCACCUGAGCCUGCCUCCGCAGGCCUCUCUCAGCACCUCGUUGCUGGACAUCCCUCGACGACCGUCUUUGGUGCCACGGCAAGAACCUUCGCUUGUUGGAAAGGUAGAAGUCGAUCGGAUAAAAUUCGUAUAUUUCGAUUAAGGCGCUCUCUUUCAACAACUUGCCGCAGUACCACGUCAUCGACCAGAAAGAAGACACUUCUCCCAGUGUCUCAGAAAGUUCUUCCGUUGAAUGGCUGUGA